AUGGGAAUAUGCUAAAUGAAACCACAGGAUAAGUAAACCAAAGACACACUUUAAAAGGUAUCUAAAGUUACACCUAAGGGAGCCGCUAACAGAGGAAAAAGAGAAAUUUCUAGGAAAUAUAAGUUUGGAUCAGUUGUAUUAGGAAUUGGGCAAUAUGGCAAAGUAUUUUUAGCUGAAAAUAAGAAUGACUCAAAGCAGAAAGUGGCAGUCAAAGCUUUAUCUAAAAAGAAACUUGGAAAGUUGAUUGAUAAGCUUAAACAAGAAGUAAUCUUCUUGAGAAGAUUGGAUUCUCCAAAUAUAGUCAAAUAUUAUGAAACUUACGAGGACGAAGAAUAUGUGUAUCUUGUAAUGGAAUAUUGUCCAGGAGGAGAAUUAUUCGAUUUAAUCUCAUAAAAACUAGAGAAAUCUAAAAAAUUCAAGGAAAAGGAGGCAGCCGAGUUAAUGUAAAAACUGUUCAAGGCGGUUUCUCAUGUUCACAGUUAAGGUAUCGCUCAUAGAGAUAUCAAGCCAGAAAACAUAAUGAUAGGGAGAGAAGGGGAAUUGAAACUGAUAGAUUUUGGUCUUGCUUAAAAAUUUGUAAAAAAUAAUAGAUUGGACAUAGGAAAGAUGGUAGGAACCCCUUAGUAUCUUGCACCUGAGGCUUUUGAAGGAAUUUCGAGUAUGGAAGUAGAUCUUUGGUCUCUUGGUGUUUUAAUGUGUGUUUUGCUCAGCGGAUCCUAUCCAUAUGCUGGCGCUUCACCUGAGGAACUUUUGCGUAGUAUAUAUGAUAAACCUGAAAUUAAGUUUGAAACAAAAGUUUGGAAGAGAGUUUCUUAAAAUGGUAAAGAUCUGGUUAGGUAACUACUACAAAUUGAUCCUAAGAAGAGAAUAUAGGCAAAAGAUGCUUUAUAGCAUCCUUGGUUUAACAAGUACUGCCCAGUUAUCACUUUAUUAAGCGAAAAUGUGACUAGAAAUAGUUCGAGCAAUAUUCAAUAGGAUCAAAUUUAGGGAUUAAGACGACAGUCUACAUAAUUUGAUGACACCCUAGAUCCAGAUGUUAUUUUAAACCUACAAAAGUUUAGUUAGGGCACAUCUAAAUUUAAAAAAGCUGCCUUGAAUGUACUAGUAAAAACUAUUAGUGGAAGAGAGAUUGAGCAUCUGAAGAGGCAAUUUGAAAUGGUAGAUGUCAAUCAUACAGGAUUGAUUGAUGCAGAAGAGCUCAUGAAUGGAAUCAAGGCAGCAGGAAUAGAUGUUAAGCCUGAAGAGGUUGAUAAAAUUAUAGAAUCAGUUAAUUUCAAAGGCAAUGGAGAGAUAAAUUACUCCGAGUUUAUAGCUGCCACUAUUUCGAUAUAGGAAAUAAUGACAAAUGAGAGAAUAUAUGCACUAUUUAAAGAGUUUGAUCACGAGGAUAUAGAAGUUUUAACUAUCCAUAAUAUCAAGGGAGCAAUGAAAAGGAUGGGAAAAGAUAUUACUAAUGAAGAGAUAGAACAUAUGUUGAGUGAGCAUAAUGUACCUAAAGAUGGUUUCAUUGACUUUGAAAAAUUCAAAGAAAUCAUAUUAUCUAACGAUAAACUCAAUAUAAUCAUAAAAUGA